CAAUAGAAUUAUUUGUACAUAGUCAUUCAUUAACUUUCUUGCGUUCAUGAUUAGUUUUUUUUUUUUCAUUUCAAAAUUGACCCAAGAUCCAAGGUUUAUUUAUCAUUUUUUUGAGUGUUUUGCAUUUCCAUUUCAACCCAGUGAUACACACAGUCAACAAUCGGUUCGUCUUAAUAUCAAUCUUGAACCUAAUUGAUAGUUUAUCUGUGCCUCAUCCUUUACUCGCUUACUCUUCUUGCAAUACCAUUUUUAAAUUACAGUUCAUCUUACCUUGUUUUACAUAGUUUGUAACUGCUUUUUGCUUGUCUCUUUACUUUCUCUCAUCGGAUUGCUUCCCAAGCUUUUCAUCAUUUCAAAUAUUACAUGUUUCAGUGAAAGUUGUUUUUCCACCAAAAAGAAAACUGUUCCCAUUGUUCAUCAUGGAUUUGUUUCAAUCUCUGGUCAUCUUUACCUCUUUACCUUCUUACAUCUAACAGACUAAACCUUUGCCUUUAAAAGUAAACCUUCAUUGUUGAGUGAAAACUACUGACUCUAACCAUUGCUUUGAACCAUUCAACAUAUAAACAUUUUGCUCACCUUUAAAUCAUUCAUAACGCUUCUUCAUUCAUCAUUAUACAGUUUGGUUACUUGAUUAUUGUGUUUCCUAUCUCUUCAGAGGAUAAUGGCACCAAUUAAUAAGAAAAUCCGUGCUAUCACCAGGAAAAAUUCCGAUGGUUCAGCUUCUGCUAAUAAUAGUACCACUUGUUCAACACCUACAACAGUUACAACUACUGCUUCAACUGCUUCUAACCAUACUACAGUUAUUACUACUGCUUCUGGCUCAUCAUCCGCUGCGCAAGGCGCCAAAACUUCUGGUUCCAAUAACGCAGGUUCCUCGGAAUCGGACCAGGCAGAUGGUAGUUCCAGUACACCAGGUACGCCACAGAGCGAUGAUCCGAACGGUAAUGUUGUCAUGGGUGAGAAUUGUCCCAAUCUUUCAUUUGUAGGUCGACCUAAGCGUUCGACCGUCUCAAUACCAACACCAUCAAGUGUUACCAGUCAGUACGGAAAACUUUUACAUUCGUCUUCACAACGACGUGAAAAUCGUUGCAAUGUUAAUAUCAAUCACCAAUAUAUUGUUCCAUCUCCUGCAAGCUCUCCUGUCGACCCUCAACCUCGACCAUUCUCUUAUUCAGCAUCAUCUUCAUCCUCUUCCCUGUCACCAUCACCUUCAACAUCAACUUCAACCCAAGAUAAAUUUGGUCGAUCAUCAGAUUCUCCUUCUGACAUCUAUUUGUAUGAAAAUGGAACCAGACGACGAUCUGUUAUAAGCAGCGGCGACAGAUCUUCUCCCAAUGCCUAUAAGAAAGGAACGAUUGAUGAAUCGUCAGUUGAGCAUCAUCAUGAUUUUAGUCGACACAGCCAAUAUAAACACGAUACAAAAACUCCAGAUGGAAGUUCAUCCAGUUCUCAGUCAGGUAAAAUCACAAUCGAUAAGACAAGUGAGGAAUAUCGAUUGAGAAGGGAAAGGAAUAAUAUUGCAGUUAGAAAAUCGCGGUCGAAAUCAAAGAUAAAGUUUGUUCAAACGCUCGAGCGGAUGGGUCAGCUCGAGACUGAAAACGCUAAACUGCAUCAUCAUAUUGCCAAAAUGAAUCAAGAGUUACAUGUUUUAAAGUAUCUCUUGGAAAAAUAUCAAGAUGAUAGUUACAAAAGAAUGCUGAAACUCGACAAUGCCGAUUCGAUGGACAUACCGCCAGAAAUCAGGAUGAUCGAUCGCGUAGAAAUUGGCGAUCGUUUUCAAAUCCGAAAUUUUGGCAAUUCCCGAAGCAAUAUCAAUCCCUUUUAUUCUGAAAGAUGAUUCUUCUUUGAUAGAACGACAUCUUUUAAGCUAUCCGCUAAACUUGAUAAACAAACAAGCAACAACAUUAUCAUCAACAUCAUCAUUAGCAAAUUAAAUUCAAUUAAUAUCAGACGUCUGCAUUCUUAUUAAAUGGUUCAACUCCAGUUUGAACUCAUCCAGGUCACAUCGCAGUCACAAUAUUUCCUUGUUGGUCUUAAUAGAGGCUCAUUUUUUUUUAAUAAUCCCAACUCAAAACUUGUUAUUUAACUUUUUUUCUUAAUUCGUCCUCUGUAACAUAAAAGCUGAUUUAAAAUGCGAUACAAGUGAAACUUGGUCAACAUUUUACUUGUAUUAUCAACUCAGCCUCAACUAUUCUACCAUGUCCAGCCUUCAAUGGUCGACAAUCUAGUAACUAAACUCACCUUGAUUAAUACUUGUAAAGUGUAAAAUUUAUCCCUCUCUAUGAGAGUCCAUAACGAGAAUCGUCUCUACUUUUCUGAAUAUUGUACACUUAAUCCUUGAUAUUUCGUAGUUAGUGAUAUUUAUCAACUUGCAUUAAAGCAACAACAAGAUGACAAAACAAAUUGGCCCAAUAAAUGUGGGCUUAAACAUUGAAUCUUUGCUCCGAACCCUUAAACAGAAAAGCAAAAGAAGAAGAAUCUUUAAAUUCAAUUUUCUUCUCGGCUCAAGCCAAACCGACAGGGAACUCACCCAAUGACCAAACCUCAACCAACCAACUUAAAGUGAAUCAAAGCCUAAAAGUGAUUAAGAUGGUCCAACAAUUUAGCCGCUUUUAACCUGAUAAUUUCAUUUGCCUAAUGGAAAUGUUUUUUUGUUUGAAUGUCCAAAAGCAAAACUGAUCUCAUCACUAUUUAUAGAUUGCACUAAAAUACAAGUUGCGCUAAAGAUGAAUCAACCUGAAAUGAUCUACCUUUUUAAAUCAAUUUAACCAGACUAAUGUUGUAGUUUUUAUUUGGUCCAAACUCUUUUAUCAAUAUCGAGCAGUUUGACGGACAAAAAGAAGCAGUGUUGGUGUAAAAUCAUUAUUUGUAAGGCCAAUGAAAAGCACUUGCAAAUAAAUAAGUAAAUGUAUCGGAACAAAAUUGUUUUAUUACUAAACCUUGUCAUUUUAAUCUCUAUUGUACCAAUCAAUGGCAGAUUUUCCUGCAAGUGACCUGUUAUUUCAAUAUUAAAUCUACUUUUUGAGCCUUCAA